GAAGAUAACAUCAUAAAUACAGUUGUCACUGACAAACAUUGGAGAGCGCGCUUAUUAUUUAAUUUUAAAAUUGUAUAUUUUACUAAAAUGGGUACAUGUUUUGGAAAAAGAACACCAAAGAGGAACUCCGUAUGUCCGUCUGCUGAGAACGGUAAUCCGUGUAAGAGGAAUUUACGGAAAGAACCAGAAGAUAUGAUACGUGAUUUGGAGGAGGCCAAUGCCGAGGACUCCAAACUAGCAAACGGUGGCGUUUCUUUCACUGUUGACUUUACAGACGGAGAUCCAACCAGAAUGCCUUCCCGCCUGGCAGACCGACUAAAUGGAGCUAUGACCCCAGCAGCCGCAGAUCAUAACGAAGUUAUUUACACACGUGAAGAAAGGGAGAUCAUGGCUGAGCUUCUGCGUAAUGAUAUUUUGCGGGAAAGGAAGGAGAAGGCUGCUGGAGCUAAGAGCUAAAAAAGGGAUGCUGAGAAUAUUUGUGAAUUACAACAUUUGUCAAAAGGGACUUCUCAAUGAGAUGAUUUUGUCUUUAACUUACUUUAUUUAUUAUACAUGUAUGUUUGUUUGAAUGAAUGAUCCUCAUUAAAAUUUUACAUUUGACAUUGAUUUUCUUUUAAAUUUGUAUUUUAACAAUACAAAAAUUCUGAAAAAGACAAGAUGGUCACACGGGAGAAUGGAAAACAAAAGUAAAUACUUUGUACAUGAAAUUUCACAGAUUUAGGUUCAUUGAGCUUGUUCUUGAGAGACAAUGAUAGGUGCAUUUCUUCUCAUACCCCUAAACUUGUUUUGACUUAGACAGUAUUACAUGUAAAUCUUCAAAAGUUGAUUAAGUGUGACUGAAUCAAAGAAGAAU